AUGACAUCAUCAUGGAAGGUUACAAGGAAGGAGAUUCCGACUCAACAUCAGGAAGAACUUUAUGAUGGUAAGAAGAGGUGUUAAGACAGUGGGACUGUCUCCCUUGGGAGACGGUGAACUCUCCUUCCUGGGAGGUUUUUAAGCAGAGGUUAGAUGGCCACCUGCUAGGGGUUCUCUACCUGAGAUUCCUGCAUGGGAAACCUGAUGAUGAUAAUAUUUAGAAGACUGUGCAUGCACUUCCAAACUUCAGCGUGCUGUGAAUUAUAGCAUAGACACUGAGGUAGGGGUCUUCCCUCCUGCGCUCCCCUCUCCCAGUUGACAUCCAUCACCAGGGCCUGCCCCCAGGUCUCAGGUUUGGGCCCUGAAAUGCCAGGAUCUGGGAUGCUCCUGAACUGGCAAUGCUGGGGAGCAGGUGGCGAGGCUGACAGGGCGUGGCUUGCUUUAAGGCUGCCUAGUGAGUUCUCCGCAGAGGUGAAAUUCCUAGUCAUGGUGCGUGAUGGAGUAGAGAGUCAAUCUCUUGACUGCUUUUCACCCCCCUCAUUCUAGGAGAACAACUUCCAGCAGCCUGCAUCUCACAAACGUCUUCCCUCUUGUUUCUGCAGAGCUCUCAGCGCUUGGGUUUGCGACAAGAGGGAGGGAUGAUGUCUUGGGAUCUGCCUUGCAGAAAAGCAUCCUGUGUAAAACUACCUGUCAUUAUUGCCUUGACAGGGAGAUAUCACCUAAUGCAUGUUCCCAAAUGAGUGAAUGUUGCUGUUGCUGUUUUGUGUAGUGCAGGGGGACCAGCCUCUGCCCGAAGGAGGCUACAAUCUAAGAUUCCACCCAGGGAAAGCAACAAGAAGGGAGGAACAGAGAUACAGGUGAAAGUAAACAGCUGGCGGAUUCGCUGACGGAUUUACAGGUAUUUUGGCUCAGGACUGAGCAUACCUUGGUGCUGAUUUGUUUAAAUGCAAAUUGCAUCAGCUGAUGGGUGGGGCGGGCUUGGUAAACAUGGAGAUGGGGGUGUAACCUUUCCCCUACCUGAGAAAGAUCCUUCCUCUGAACCUGCUGUUUGCACUGGGAGGAAAUCCCCCGCUGGUGCCUGAUCCUGUUAAUUAUCGGAGCGGAGCUGAUGCAAUUUGCAUUUAAACAAAUGUGCAGGUUUGAUGCAAAGAUGCCUUGGAAAGUCAGGCCAAGUCUAAUUUGGCCCCAAACUUUCCUAGGGGAUGGGGAUUAACAGGUUGUGCCAAAGACUUCCUGAAAACCGCCUGAUCUGUAAGAAUGCUUUUACUUCUAGCACCCCGGUAUUACAGGAAGUACCAAACUGCCCUGUUGAGAAAAGGGCAACAGAAAUCAGCAAUGAGAUUUAGCGACUCCCCUGUGAAGGAAGGCUGAAGCAUUUGGGAUAUCCCCCCUCCCUCUGUCACAACACUGGAAAUUGUGGGGCUCCAAUGGAGUUGCAUGUUGGACGGACAAAAGGAAGUAUUUAUUCACAGUGUAAACGAUGCAAUUCACUUCCAGAAAAGGUAGUGAUGCUCAAGUUGGAUGAUGACGGUCACCUCCAGGCUUGACUACUGUAAUUCACUCUAUGCGGAGCUGCCCUUGAAGCUGUCCCAGGAACUCCAGCGGGUGCAGAAUGCUGCAGCGAGUUUCCUUACUGGGUCCCUGCCAUGGGAGCAUAUUCACCCAGUGCUCUACCAGCUGCACUGGCUCCCGGUGGAGUACAGGGUCAGGUUCAAGGUGCUGGUUUUGACCUUUAAAGCCCUAUACUGCCUCGGUCCCUCGUACCUACGGGACCGCCUCUCCCAGUAUGCUCUGCGGAGGACCUCAAGGUCCAUAAAUAGCCACACCCUAGAGGUCCUGGGCCCUAAGGAAGUCGGAUUAGCCUCAACCAGAGCCAGGGCCUUUUCAACACUGGCUCCAGCCUGGUGGAACCCUCUGUCUCAUGAGACCAGGGCCCUGCAGGAUCUGAUUUCUUUCCGCAGGGUCUGUAAGACAGAGUUGUUCUGCCUGGCCUUUGGCUUGGAAUCCACUUGAUCCCCUUCCCCUCUAUCCUUUCUCCUCUGAUGGAACUCCUAUUUGGGGACUUCCCUGGCUUUUUUCUGGCCCACGCAGGACUAGUCUGGAUAGUUGACCUUGGUGAUGAUUCGAUGUUUUCAUCCCCAAAAAGUUUUUUUAUUUGAGUUUCUACUGAAAUGAGGCUGCAUUUUAGUGUUUUAUUUUAAUUUUGUUUUUAAGUUGUAUUUUAAUCCAUUGUUGUUAUACUUGGUUUUAGCCGCCCUGAGCCCGGUCUUGGCUGGGGAGGGCGGGGUAUAAAUAAAAUUUAUUAUUUCUUCUUCUUCUUCUUCCUCCAUCAUCUGAGGCAGAAGACCAGGGGCUGGAAGUCGCAGGAGGUGGGCAGGAUCCUGCUUGCAGGUUUCCCACAGGUGUCUGCAAACCCCAGACCAUGAGCCUCAAAUCCUAUGACCAGCUGAGUUUGGCACAUCUAAGCAACUCUGAAUGGGAGAAGGAAAAACAUACUGGAAAAUAUUUUCAGAAUUCAUUCAUUUUAGGCUUCUUAGGGUAUGUCCCCUAGCUGAGGGCAUGCCGUCUCGCUUUGGAAUCUAGGAAAAGCCCUGCAUAGGUCAACCCAAAGGACCAUCUAUCUCGAACCUAGUUUCUCGAGUAGGGAUGGGGUAGAUUCAGUUCCUGUUUAUAGCCAAAUGCAUCAAACCCACACAUUCCCAAACAAGAACUAAGAUACAGUCGCCCUUUGAGAUUUCGGAUUUUGCAAUACAAAAUUGUGUGUCGGGGGGAAUGCGCAUGAAGUAUAUCGGGGAAAGCAACAUACCAAACCGCAUUGUGUUACAGAAACCUGCUUGCAGAAAUGUGGGCCUUCAUCAAAACUGCAUGCAGAAAUGUGUUUAUUAGCAGAAAUGUGCAGAAAGGUGCUGACGCAUAUUCACGAGGAUGUGAAAAAAAUAAUACCCCCACAUGUUGCUUCAAAAAUGUGCAGAACUGAAUUUUAAGAUUGGAAAAUCCGGAAACUGGGAGAAGUGAAACUGGCCCCCUACUCACAAGCAGCCUUUGGCCGCAUGCCAGAGGUGGGUGGGACCAGCGUCAGAAGCAGGUGGAGCAAGGGAUGGAAGAAACUUCCCUUUCUUUAGCCGGCCCAUGCAAAAAUGCCAGAGGCUCAUGCCAUGCACAGAGCCCUUCAUGCAGGCAAGAGGGAUCAUAAUAUUAUCAGAGUUCACAUCCUGGGCAGGCCAGGGUGAAGGAGGGUCGCAACCACCUAAGAGAGGAGCCUGCUGGAUCAGGCCAGUGGCUGGAUCUCGUCCACAUCCUGUUCUCACAGGGGCUGAAGGAGCCCACAUGCAGGACUGGCGUCUUCUCCCCUCCUGCGCUUCCCAGACCCUGGCAUUCAGAAGCCGGGCACAGCAAGGCCAUCAUCGUAGCUGGUAGCCACCAACAGCAUUGCCCUCCCAGCCUCUUUCAUCCCUACAUCUUGUGGCAGCCAGUUCCGUAGGUUAACUUUGUGCUGUGUGGAGAUUUGGGCAGGGGAUCCAGGUGCCCCUGUACAGUCGAAAGGAGCGUCUUUAAGGUGACCCCCGCCUACAACCUAGCCGGUGUGCGUGGUUUCCAUUAAAUUUAGCAGAAGUUCCUUCUGCCCUAGCAUGCAUAGGAUACAGUACUUCUUGCACCGUCCUUAAAAUGUGGAUUGGGGGACACACACGCACCCUGCUGUGGCUCCAGUGAGGCUCAUGGCCUUCCUUGCAAAGUUUUGACCCGUUGGCCUGAUCUCUGAGUGGGCACCUGAGAGGUUUGCGGGUCAGUUUGACAGUUUUUUACUGGGAAGUCAAUCCUAUUCUGUGUGUAUGUGAAUAUGCGAGAGGCAGGGGGGUGCUGUAAACAAAAUCUGGUCUUGUUCAACAAUGUAGAGGUCAGGGUGCCAAACUAGGGCCCGAGAGAGACCCGAGUUCAAAUCCCCCACUGGGUCCUGAAGCUGGUAGCAAUGACAGGCAUCACCUCUCAACCUAACCUACCUGGCCCGGUUGUUGUGGAGAUUAAAUGAAGCCUAGGACCUGGGAGAGACCAGAGUUCAAAUGCCGCUCAGCUCUCAAGCUCCCGACCUAGCCUACCUCACAGGGCUGUUGUGGGGAUGGAUUAGCAGGGGAAGAUGAACCACGCCUGCCACCUUGAGCCCCUUGGGAGAGAAAAACGUGGGAUCGAUUAAGGCAACAAAUACAAAGACUCAGCCCGGCAUCCCUCCACGCCACGCAGGCUUCGCUUCCAAAGGAGGCGCACAGGGUCCCCGGUUCGGGUUCUGCAACCUCCCAGCGCCAAGCUGGGGUCCCCAAUAACCCGCGCGUCCCUUUGGGGGUCCUCUUCUCCGGAGGCGGGAGCUGGGGAGGCCGGCAGACCCGGCAAAGGGGGUGCACGCGCGUUGCUUGAUCUUUCCGAGGCCAGAGGCCUCUCCGCGCCGCCAUCCCGCCUUUGCAAGACCCGAUGCGCCAAAGGGCGCGCUUGCAAAGGGAGGCUCGGCGGUGCAAUGCUGCGGGGGAGCCCCUGCGCCGGGGAAGCAGGCGUGCAAGCGGCCCGUGCAGAAGCCGCGCAUCUCGGCCCCCUCCCCGGCUUGCAUUCCCCCCCCCUCUCUUUGCAAGAGAGAGAGAGAGAGAGAGAGAAUUGCUGCAAUGUGCACCGAGGAGCCUCGUGAGUGAGUGAGGGCGGCGCAGCCAAUCCGAGGCGCCCGCUCCGAAAGUUGCCUUUUAUGGCGAGAGCGCCGCCGCGCUGCCCGUAUAAAACCCGGCGACGCGGCGCCGGCCGGGCAGCCGUUAAGCGCUCUCUUUGCCGUGAGGAUCACUGUUGCGCGCUGGGUGCUCCGCCGCCAAGCUCCCUUUUUUGCCGCCCCCGCCGCUCCUUUUGAAAAAGCCGUCUGCCCCCCUGUUCUCCAGCAAGCAGCCUUGCCACUAACAAAAAGGUAAGCGCCUCUGGUUUAUUUUAUUUUAAUUUUUUGCAUUUGCAAAAAAUGGAAUCCGAAGGAGCAAGGGGGUGGGGUGGGAUCUUGGCAUUUGCAAAGAGUAAAUGAGCGUGCAUGGGUUAAAAGGCUUCGUGGGGGGCUUCGGGGGGCUUUGGCACCCGGUUGCGUAAAGUUGCGCGUUGUUGGUGGCUCGCCCAAGAAAGGCGCGCGCCGGGUUUGGGUUGCUUUUCUUGGGAAGGAAGCCCUUUUUUUGGGGGGGGGUCUGGAUUCUCGGAGAUGGAGGCUCGCUCUGUAAAAGGGGAGCCGGGUUGCAUCUCGAGGAGUUGCAAAGGGCUUGGAUUAAUCGCAUGUGCGUCAGCCUUCCGCGGAGAAGCCGCGAGGUUUUCUUUGCCCGGAGUUCGGGAUGGGUGGGUGUGUUGGGGGGGAUUUGAGGUUUCCUGGUAGGAUCGCGCGCCCCCUUUCCCGAGCCCUUUUGCGCCGGUGCCUUUGGACUCGGCGUUCCGGGCUGCGCAGUGGGCUGCGCGCCUAAGCCGCGGCGCGCCCGGGAUUUACAACUCCGGAGUAAAGCGGGGGGUGUGGGUGUGUGCCGAGAAACGGGAGGUCUUUUGCCCAGCUUUUGUUAACGAAGGAGAGAGAAGGAUCUCCUCUCCCCGGAGCUAAAAAGCCAGCUGGGUUUGCGCGGGGGUUUUUCCUGUUCGUGGGAACGCGUUGACGCGAGUCUCGCCUUGCGCCAGCCAACGGCCUGGCCCGGGGAGACCCGGCCAGAGCUUGGCGACUCUUCCUAGGCAUUCCCGGGCCUCGUAGGCUCCGUUUCCGGGCUGGUGGUCGGUUUUUCGUGGGGCCUUUUUCUCCACCGCCCCCCCCAAAGGGGGAUUUAUUGCAAAGUGCAAAGAUGGUGGGCUUGACUUGCAUGCGUAAGAUUGGCCAUGCUGGCAGGCAGUUGGCUUUAAGGGAGGGGGGUUGUUGGAGUGCUGUUCCCCCACCCUUUCUUCUGAGCCCCCCCCAAGAGGGAGGUGGGGGCAGCACCCAAACGUGCCAGGGUGUGCCUCGAGAAGGAGGGGGGCUGUUUCCGGUGGUGGGAGCCGGCAUGUCUAUUGUAUUGGUGGAGCACAUGGGGGGGAGGGAGGUGCCUUUUGGGGAGGGGACGCCGAUCAAUCAUUCACGGAGGGGCUGCCCCACCCAUGUGGGUGAUGGGCGCUCUUUUGUCUCCUUGGAGCAGCUCUAGAUCAUUCGGUGGGGGAAGGAGGAGCAGGAAGCCUUGUCUGUGUGUUAUUUCUUUGGGGGGGGGACACUGGCUGCCCUAGAGGGCUCCCCCCCCCAAUAAAGAACAUUUACUUCUUUGCUCAAGUACCAAAAAGUCCCCUCUCUCUUCUUUCAGCUCUUUGGCCUUUUUCUUUUAAGCUUCCUGGCGCAGAGUGGCAUGGCGCUAGUCCUCAUUGAGAACCUUCCAUUGUGUUUUAUCUUUAUAAUAAAAGACUUCAGUGGCCGGCUGCUCUGGAGAGGGGUGGGGUCCUGCUAUGGCCAAGUGGGGAAGUAGUACAGGGCAUGCAGCUCCUGGAUGGAAAUUCCCCAUUUUUUAAAGCACUGCUGAAUUAUUUGCGGCUUACUCCGAAACAAACGGGGAGUUGAGAUGCUGCUCCUUUUUUGCGGGUGGGGAAGCAGAAUUUGCUCUUGGGCGUUAAUGCCCGGGAGAGUCAUCCUUCCCUCCGAGCCCAGCGGCAGAAAUAGCGUCUUAAUCUUCGGCCGGGGACAAAGGGCCCUGGUCAUGCCAGCCUCCCCUUGCAGGAAGGCACGGCAGACGGUGCCCCCCUUCUCUUAAAAAUCAUUGGGAGGAAUAUUCUUGCUCCUUCCUCGCUUUUAAGCCGCAUCUUGGCUUGCGAGACUAGCAGGACGAACAGGUUGGCGCGCCGCUGUUCUGAUCUGGGUGCGGACGCGAGAGCCCUUGCGCUUUUUGAAAAAUAACCUAUAGGGUGUAACUUGCCCUAGUUUCAGGGCAAGACCGUUAAGGUCUUAUCUUGCCUGAAAGGGGUGUUGAGAUGAGCUGCCUGCGCCACUCCUGGGAGUGGCCCUCAGACAUAUGCUCCUCUCUGGAGGGGGGGGGAGGCGUGGCCUCCCUCCCCAUCCAGCCCUCCGAAAUCUGGCUGCACAGCUCGCCUUUCUCCCAACCAUUGCCUUUUAUGGUAAUAAUGCGAGACGGGGAGCAGAGGACUUCCUUUGUCCCAAAUCUGCACAGAGGAGGCGGGGGCGGGGGCCCCCUGGCGGCGGCGGGCGGCAAGCGCCGCACGAUGACAAAACAGGAAGCUGGGGAGGAAGUUGGGGUGGGCAGGUGCCUGCCUGCGCCAUUAAAUCCCCAGGAGAAGUGGGUGGGGUGGUUGCGCUUAGCGGCAGGUGGCGCCGAGUGCGAAACCAGUACCCUGCGGAAGAGACGGUCCUUGGAUCCAGCUGCCUGAUUGCCAACUCUUCCUUUUUGUUUCCUCCUUUUAAAGAUCGCCAUGGAUGAUGAUAUCGCUGCCCUCGUGGUUGACAACGGCUCCGGAAUGUGCAAAGCCGGUUUUGCCGGGGACGACGCCCCUCGCGCAGUGUUCCCCUCCAUCGUUGGUCGCCCCAGACACCAGGUAUGUCGUUUGCCAGGGCCUCCUAGGCUCAAAAGUGAUUUUAAACGCAUUGCAGGUCUCUAACAAAGCAUAGUUGGUAGGUCUCUAAAUCGGAUGCUGCUGCUGCCAACUUGUGCCUGACACUGAUAGUUUUAAGUACCCUUUCACUACCAACACCACGUCCACUUCGAUCCAAGUCAUCUGCUAAUUUCUCUCCCCUCCCCCCCCCCACAGCCUUGCAGCUUGGAGGUACAAGGAGGGGUUGAACCCAGGGGCCAAGUGUGUACAAAAGCAAACCCAGGGCCCUUCCUCACAAUGAUUUCUGCCCCCUUUUGAAGAAGCUUGGAAUAAAUUAGUAGCCUCGAAAUAAAUUUCAGCAGUGGACGGCUCUCUCUAGAUAGGCAAGCACUUUUAGCUGGGAGUUUUUCUCCUCUGUGCCAGCAAGUGAAAUUUAAAAGUCCCUUCCUCGCUUGGGGCUUUCCAAAGCCUUUAUACAGAAAAGAGGCAACGAUGAAGGGGCUGCCCCAGGUGUGGAAAUGGCACCCCACCCUGGGCUCCUUCACAAUCGAGUCUCCUUGAGGACUAGGAACUUGAAAGACAAGCCACGCCUGGCUGCUUUUGUGCCCGGUGCUGGGCUUCUGCUACAGGCUGGCUCUGGUGGCUGCUUGUGUUCUGAUGCCCCUUGUCUCUCCUCCCAGGGUGUGAUGGUUGGCAUGGGCCAGAAGGACAGCUAUGUUGGUGACGAGGCACAGAGUAAAAGAGGCAUUCUGACCCUGAAGUACCCCAUUGAACACGGCAUUGUCACCAACUGGGAUGACAUGGAGAAGAUCUGGCACCACACCUUCUACAAUGAGCUGAGAGUCGCCCCAGAAGAGCAUCCUGUGUUGCUGACAGAAGCUCCCCUGAACCCCAAAGCCAACAGAGAAAAGAUGACACAGGUAUGUGCCGGCAGAGCCCCGCUUCUGCACACCUUUCUUCCCCCUCCCCUGCCAAAGUGCAAGAAGGCUACCUGUCAACAUUCCCAUUUUCUUUUUGCUCAUCUUUCUCCUCUUUUGCCCAUCUCUGCAGGGGUUUCCUUUCCUGGUCUGAAUUUCUCUUGCUGGAUCUUGAAAGGUUUUUAUCUCUCCUGAAUUGGCUUUUCUUUUCUCCUCCCGACUUGCUCGCAACACUUAAAAGCCGCUGCUCUUUUCCACUAACCCUUUUGACUUUGUUUUUGAGUGACUUCUGUAACAUUUCCUGUGUUGUGAAACCGGGGCGGCGCGGGCAAGAGUUUGCCACUAUGCAAGCUGGUUGCAUCAAUUGUGUGUGGGCCCACGGCUGCCUAAGCAUGGGCUGACCAUCUGGGUGGUACAGGCUGUGACCUGUUGAGCAUGACUUUUGGGUGCCCCUGGGGCUUCCAGGUUUUGACAGUCUCCCCUGUGCUCUUGCAGAUCAUGUUCGAGACUUUCAACACCCCAGCCAUGUACGUAGCCAUUCAGGCCGUGCUGUCCCUGUACGCCUCCGGCCGCACGACAGGCAUCGUGAUGGACUCUGGCGACGGCGUCACCCACACUGUGCCCAUCUAUGAAGGCUACGCCCUGCCCCACGCCAUCCUCCGUCUGGACCUGGCGGGCCGCGACUUGACCGACUACCUCAUGAAGAUCUUGACCGAGAGAGGCUACAGCUUCACCACCACGGCCGAGAGGGAAAUCGUGCGCGACAUCAAAGAGAAGCUCUGCUACGUUGCGCUGGACUUCGAGCAGGAGAUGGCGACCGCGGCGUCCAGUUCCUCCCUGGAGAAGAGCUAUGAGCUUCCUGACGGCCAAGUGAUCACCAUCGGCAACGAGAGGUUCAGAUGCCCAGAAGCCCUCUUCCAGCCCUCUUUCCUGGGUAAUACUUUUUUUUGCAAAGCUGUUCCCUCAAAUCAUAGCCUUGGCAGAAAUUGGGGGUUGUAGUCUGGCAGUAUCUGGAGGCUGUGGGUAAAAUCACGGUUUUGGUUGUGUGGUGGGGGAACUUUGUCCUGGGUCCGAGGCAUUAAAAGUUUUUUUCACCUUCCGGCAGGUAUGGAAUCCUGCGGCAUCCACGAAACCACCUUCAACUCCAUCAUGAAGUGCGACGUGGACAUCCGUAAAGACCUGUAUGCUAACACCGUCCUGUCUGGCGGCACCACCAUGUACCCAGGCAUCGCUGACAGAAUGCAGAAGGAGAUCACAGCCCUGGCACCCAGCACAAUGAAAAUCAAGGUGAGCUUUCUGUUUUCAGCUGACACUCUCUUCAGCCAGUGGAGCCACAGGAGACUUGGCGUUGCUUUUAAGCAGGUCCUUCUGUAGCUAACUCUGCCGCCUGGAGGACUCUGGUUUAAAAGUGUCCUUUGCAGCCGCUGAAAGGUUGCGUUUGGCCCAUCUCCUUGUGAAGCUGUGUGCAUAAAUCACAUCCUUGGGAUUUGGGGCCUGCGAAAGAAUCCUACCAACUCUGCAAAGAGCUGCCAUGAUCUCUGGCAGGGGUUGGGAAGAAUGGCCAGUGGUUGGGAGUUUUAGUUCAGCGACUGCUUGUUUUAUACCAGGGUAUAGUCAUUGUUAGAUUCUGUGAAUGGGCAACACCUGAGCACUCAGGUGAGCUUCUGUAGCCUUUUUCAUGGCUGAAACCUUUUCACCCCCUGCCUGUGGAGUCUUAACAAGUUCUGCAACGCUUUCUCCCAACAGAUCAUUGCUCCACCAGAGCGCAAAUACUCUGUCUGGAUUGGCGGUUCCAUCCUUGCCUCCCUGUCGACCUUCCAGCAGAUGUGGAUCAGCAAGCAGGAGUACGACGAAUCUGGGCCCUCCAUCGUCCACCGCAAAUGCUUCUAA